AUGGCGGUCCCCCAGCGGACGCUGACCUGGCUAUACUCAGUCUUGUCCAAGGACCAUCACGACCCUAAACAAACCUACCACGAUCCCAACCGGACCUACCACGAUGUUGCCAAUGCGCUCGCCCAGUACCCCUCGCUCUCCCCGCGGACCGAUGUCUACACAUAUGAGAAUGGCUUCUCGGCGCUCCUCCUCCACCUCGUAGGCACACUCCCGGUCGCCUUCCGGGGCACCACAUACCGAUUCCCCGUCGCGCUUUGGAUUCCGAAUACAUACCCUCGGGAGCCUCCGAUCAUCUAUGUGACACCUACACAGGAUAUGGCGGUCCGUGUUGGGCAGCAUGUGACCCUGGAGGGGCGGGUAUAUCAUCACUAUUUGGCCCACUGGGCGGAGGCCUGGGAUAGGUCAACUAUUUCCGAUAUGCUGUCAAUUCUCCGAGAAGUGUUCGCCAAAGAACCUCCAGUUCGAUACAGGCAACCGAUGGCCCCUCAAGCCCAGCCGCAGCAGGCUCCCGUGCAGACACCACCCCCGGUACCUCCUUUGCCUCCUGGAAUGGGACCUUCGACAGCUCAAGCUCCGAGUCCAGCACACAGUCAAUCUCCCAGUCGGGCAGCAAAUACUCCACCACAGCUGCCCCCGAAACCCGGUGUUAGUGCAGAGGCUCAACCGCCGCCUGCACAAGGCGCAGAGCGAUAUCAAUCCCCUCCUCCGCUCCCUCCAUUGCCGCCGAAGGGACAUGAUGUCUCUCGAGGUUCCGUCUCGGGUCAUAUGGGUGUGAUGAGUCCAGGAAGUCGAUUAUCUCGGCAAUUCGUUCCGGCGCAACCGCCUAUACAACCUCACAUGCAACCAGUCCCAGCGGCUUAUAGCAGAACCCCCGGGGGGCCCAUUAGCCCUGGUGCUGGCUAUGCUCCCCAUGCAGCUUUGCCCCAUCAAGCUGGACCGUCUGCUGGACCUCAAAUACCGUUGUCGCAACAGCAGCAACAGUCAUACGCCCAACCAAUACCCCCAGCACAUCCCUCUCAAUAUCCGGGAUACCAGCCACCUGGCCAGCAUCAACAGCAACAGCCACAGCCACAAGGACCUCCAUAUUCAGAGCGCUCUUCCUACUCACAGAGCAACUAUCAAACCCCACUGCCAGCAGCACCAGCACCAAAGAAAGAAACCCAGGAUCUCCUCACAUCCCCCUUCGAGCUCGAACUACCAUCAUUCACCCACACAGGGCCAGCACCUCCCAUCCCCCCAAAUCCCGAGAAAGACGCCCUACUCAACGCCGUCUCGCAAACCUUCGCUGAGACUCUAAACAGCCACGCCGCACAAUCCGACUCGGCGGCGCAAUCCCUCGUCUCACAGUCCCACUCUCUCCAAGCCGCCAUGGCAACUCUCCAGGCCGAAGUGGCAUCCCUCAAUGCCCUCCAUUCAACCCUCCAAUCCAACACCUCAAUCUUACAACAAACCAUCCACCGCGCAGACGCAACCAUCGCAGACGCCCAGGCCCGCUCCGCAUCCAGCGGUCCCGGUCACGGUGCCGGUCUCUCUUCUUCAACCACAACUGGCCCUGCAGACUCACACCCCGGUCUCCCUGCUAUCGACGAAGUCCUCGUCGCGCCAACGGUAGUAGGCAAGCAACUGUACGAUCUCGUCGCGGACGAACAGGGCCUGCAACAUGCCCUGUAUGCGUUGCAGUCUGCAUUGGUGCGCGGUGUGAUUGGGGUUGAUUCAUGGUCGAGACAUACUCGUGGUCUGGCGCGGGAGGCGUUUUUGAAACGUGCGUUGAUCCGGAAGAUUGGGCGUGGGAUGGGUUUGGAGGAGAGUGUGACUGCGGUGUGA